UCACAUCGAUUUCUCUAACCAAUUAUCGAUGACCGAUACUUUAAGCUCAAUUCCGAUUGGUUGUUAUACUCUAAUUGCCAUUUUAUCUUUCUAACCUUCUUUUUUAAAAUAUAUUUUUAUUUCUUUUAAAUUAAACUAACAUAAAAAAUGAUCAAUUGCGAAUUCGUAUUUUACACACAUUUUGAAUUUUCCAUAAUUCCAACUAAUUCAAUAUCAUAGGAUCGUAUAUCCCUAUACAAAUUUAUAACAGACAGUACUACCAAGCUUGUACAAAAUGAACGUAUGAAAAUUUCGUUAGACAACAAAUUAUUUUUGUAGAUAACGUGUUUCAUUCAAAUUAGUUUAAUUAUAAAACAAAUUUAUACGGAUAAUAUCUUAAAUCAAUUACAAUUAGUAUUUAAAUACUGAUAUUUAAUGAUAAAGAAGAAAUGAAAUGGAUUCAUUAAGAGAACCAGCAUUUUAUGUAGGAGAUAUUGAUGAAGAUAUUGAUCUCAAACAACCUCCCAUUUCUGGAGGAGAUUACAUCAAGCGUGUUGUAAUAGAAGCUCAACAAUGUGCCGAUGUAGUAGUGGCUGAUAUAAAUAAAGAAUGUUUGAAGAAACCUACCAUAGAUAUUCAGCAUUUAGCAGGAUGUGUUGAAGCACCACCAUGUCUAGCUCCUACUACCGAAUGGCAAGAAUGUCAAUUAGAAAAUUUCACAGAUUUAAAAUUAUACGUUAUUCAAAUCCAAGAUGAGAUCAGAACAUCUAAAUGCAAAUGGAAAUCUCAAGAGACACAACUGCCUAAUAUAGACGAUCAACGUGGUUGGAUCACGUAUUGUUCCGAGGAAUGUAGUAAUGAGAACGAAACUCAUAGUCCAACAUUGACAACUCUUUUACGUAUGAAACAACCAUUAAUAGAACAAGUCUUGGAAUAUUUAGUUGAAUAUGUACAAACACAAGGAAAAAUUGAAUACAAAAUUGGACAAUGGCUCUAUGCUUUAUUGGUUGUUUUGGAUCUACCAUUGAAUCCUGAUACAUGCUCUUGCUUGCGUUCUUUGGCUAGAGCAUGUUCUGUUAUCAGAGCAAAUUCUAAAAAGUUGGAAGAACACGAAAUAGGAGCACUAAAUUUGUUUAUAUGUCUGGUAGCAAGAUACUACCGUCAAGUGGAUCUUGCUGAUCCAUAUUAGAUCAAUGUUAUAAACGUAUUUUUUUCGCGAUUAUAUCAUAAAAUAAUAAAAAAUAAGAAAUACAAAAAAAA